AUGUCGAAAGGUAACGACCAAGUGUUGGACUUGGAUUUCAACUGACUUGGCGUCGAACUGUCACGACGUUUGACUUGUUUUCUAUGAUUCCUCGAUGACUUUUUACCCAUGACGACUUUAGACCCACCAUGGAAGCAAAAGACGCGACCAUGCCCAUUCUAUUCGCAAGGGCGUUGUCUCUUUUCAGACUCUUGCAAUUUUCUUCACGAUGUCAAAAUCAAGGCUCGGAUACACGAGGAUGUAUCUGUACUACGCGCCGCGCCCGACGUCUUCACGUCGCCGGUUACAAAGCCGUUGACGUCCCCCUUGACUACCACCAUUCGUUCACCGCCUCGUUCACCGCGACUGUCUAGUUUGCUCAUGGCACUUGGCGAUGCCAUUGAACAAGAUGAUGAAGAUUAUCUAUCGGAACGCUCCGUUGUUAGCUCACCGGCACAAUUUGCGUAUAAGGAGGAAGGUUUGGAAGCAGAGGUGGAAAACGCUGAGGAACUCUCACCUUCCGUCAUGACACCACCAUUGGAGGUAAAAGAGAUGCCGUUGGAUCAAGUCUCGGGUUCGCCGUCUAAUUUGAUAAGCACCUCGUCAAAAUCUUCCAUCGCUGCUGAUAGAGGUGCUUCACAAGAACCUGCUACAGACGGGUUUCCUGACGCUGUUUCGGAACCCAUGGCAGGCACUUCUGUACCUAGAGAGACUUCGCCCCAAUUCACUCAUAGGGAAGUCGACUCACCUUCUACUGCUUCGUUCAUUGGGUCAGAAGUCGCUUCUCCGAGUUCUUUUGUCGCUACUCUUGCACACGACAGAGAACCUUCACCAGAACCCUCCGAAGAUGUGCCUGAUGAUCCCGCUCCAGGACCAACACACACUCCUCCGUCUAGGGAUGCCUUGCCUAAACCUUCCAUGCACUCACGUACGGACGCCGUCGCGGUAACACCAGUAGGCUGUGCUCCAACUACGCCUUGUACCCCGCCUACGCGCCGGCAACGGCAACGGCCUCCUUCCUCGGCCCCCAGUGAGCUUUCUACGCUUUUAUCUCCCAUAGAGAUUACACUCGCCCCACCUGCUGUAGACCGCAUCGGCCAACUCGAAGCGUGUUUCCACCGGGAAGACUCCAUAGACUCCGGAUAUGCGGACGGCUGGACUGGCCCUUCCCCUCUCGCUUUAUCUCCCCCUCCACGCAGUCCGAGACGCGUUUCGACUCUAUCUCUCCUUUCCUCUCCUUUUCGUUCCCCCUCGCGCAUUCUUUCCCCGACAUUCCUUCCUUCUUCAGCUGCAGCUUGGCCUGCUACAAAUCUUUUUAAUCCUAGAUCUCAACAACCCGAGGAUCCUCCAGAAGAGCCACCAGUAGAUGAUGAUGAUCUCGACAGUCCUUCGGAUUAUCAUUUACGGAGACUGUCUGAGACUUGCGAUCCUCCUACAGAGCAGAACAUUGAAGCUACAGUCAAGCCACCUUCAACGCCUCCUUUACCAGACGAAGGCUUUGACGAGUCGCUUUCCUUUGACGUUGAUGCACAUUCAACUACAUUGGUAGUCACAGAACCCGAGACUACAGACGAACAUCCUUCGAAUAAUGCACAGAGUCCUACCGAAGGCAACACAACGUUGUUUGAUAGCUAUUACGCACAGCCUUCUUCACAUGACAGCUCUGUUGGGUCUUCGCCCGUGGUAUCGUCACCUCGGCCUUCUGUCUUCAGUAAACCGCGUCGUACUACGCCCUCUUCGUUGAUCAUUGCUUCGCCUCGUGUGGAACAGCGAGUUGCUCCAGAAGCUGUACCACUACCUCUCAGCGCAGUUGGCUCUUCCCGGUUAUCCGCCGCUUUCUCAGCUUCGGAUGUGGAUGCUAAGUCUCCUGGGCCCGCCUCUUCUACCAAGGUCCCAUUUGGCUUUAGACAUACGUCCCUUUCAAGGAAUUCAUCGCGCGCGUCCACGCGCACCCCGGAUUCUUUUACAAGCCCUCGACGUCCUGUGUGGGUAGAAACGAGGUCAAGCCAGAGUAGUCCGUUGGAGGGUAUCAUCGACUCUCGGGCAUCUUCCCGAGUAUCUUCUCCCCAACGAUCUUCUUCAAGGGCCAGUCGUCUCAAACCUCUUCGUUUAUCUAUGAUCCUCAAUUCCUCGUCUUCCGCAUUGUCAUCUCUUGCAUAUUCUGGCUUACCAUCUCUCACUACUGGCACAACCGCACCAUCAUCUGCACUAACUCCAUCGUCUCCAACUGUAUCAUCUGAAUAUUCUAUCUCUCAUAAUCUAUUGCUUUCAAGUUCUCGAUCCCAGUCCAUACCCGAUCAUGAUAACCAUACCCACAUUUUAAGACAACCCCGGAGUCAUCUUGACGACGCCUACCAAACCAUGCCUCAUUCUGCACCUCUCUCUCGCCCCACCUCUUGGCAUAGGUUCCCUGACUCAAAACGCUCUUCCCGUGCUUCGACACCCUUAUUUACACCUAAUAAUCUCCGUCCCUCAAGCAGGCUCUCUGAACGUUUGAGUGUGCUUGACGAGCGUGCUGAGGUCGACUUCGCGCAACACGAUGAAGAUGACGACGACUAUCAUUAUCAACAUGACGAGCCUGAUGUCGAUGACACUAUCCGUGGCGUUGCUGUCUCAUCGGCUGAGCCUAUCUAUAGUCGACCGUCAUCUGUCCUUCGCUCUCCAAUUCAUGCUAUAGCCACGCCACGCCCGACGUUGCUCUUCGCUAUCGCCAGUGACAAUGUGGACGAAGUUCGCAAAGUCCUGCAAAGUGGUGAAGCAGGUCCCAACGAUGACGUUGGACCACAGUCGGCCCUUGCGUUUACUCUGACUGCUAACAACUUACAUCACAAGAUGGAGAUUAUCAAGUUACUGCUUGCGCACGGUGCGAACCCCUCCACUCUGAGGGAUUCAGACAAUAUUUCCUCCUCGUCUCCUGCACAGUCGGGAUACAACAAUGGAAGAGUGACCCCCGCUCUAAGCAGUGUGCUUGAGAAGGCAGAUCCUGCUACAAGGUAUUACAUUGCUCGUGCGGAAGCGCCGCAGACUCGACGCGCAUCUGCUCUGAUUCAUCGGUCUUUCUUCCGCCCUCUUGCGAAAGUCCGGUAUGAUCUCAUUGGUCAAGAUCGAGCUUUGGAACAGCUUUUCCGCGUACUUAGUAUGCCUACUGUCUCGCCCAUCGUCGUGCUAUUGUGUGGACCGAGUGGGCAUGGGAAGAGUUUGUUGGCUCGGAAAUUCGGAUCUCUUCUGGAUGUUCCGACUCAUACAGUUAACAUGACUACCCUAAGGUCGACUCACGACAUCUGGCGUAGUUACUCUAUGAAUCCCUAUGAAGAGCCUUCUACAUCUACCCUGGCGGACUUCCUGCUUGAGAACGAGGGGAAGCGUUGCGUUGUUGUGCUUGAUGAGAUCGAGAAGACUGAGAACGAGACGUACCUAUCAUCAUUGCUGAUGCCAUGGGAGCUAGGUCGCUGCUCGUUCGAGGCUGGCAAACGUCACGUUGAUGUCUCGAAAGUGAUCUGGCUGGGCACCUCCAACAUCGGCCACGAUCUCGUCUUCGAGCAUCAGGCAUCGCGUGAAAAUCCCGAAGAGUCCAUGUCCAGAGAGGCUUAUGUGGAUCUCAUGGGCAUAUUACGUCCGGGAGUCUCUCAGCGUCUCGGGCCUUCGCUACUCUCACGAGUGACCACUGUUCUUCCGUUUGUCCCUUUUACUAGAGAUGAGAAGAUGGCUAUCGCGGCCGAGGCGCUGUACGCGCUUGCUGGAGAAGAUGCGCGUUCCUUACCAUCUGCCACUGUGGAGAAGUUGGUCCAGAAUUCUCUCCAAGAAUACGUCCCUGUGGAGGGUGCGAGAUCGUUAUACCGAGCCAUUUCUACUCAAUUAUUGGACACAAUAUAUUAAUUUCAAAGUACACCCAACAGGCAAAUGAGCGCAGGCCGUCGAUUGGUCAAACCCAUCGAUGACAGUUGUGAUAUAUUCUGUCCACCUCAUCAUUUUAUGGGAGAUCAGGGCCGCCCUCAUGCCAGUCGGUUGUGAUAAUCCUGUUACGUCGGACAGCCUUCACCGUCCUUGCAAAUAUGUUAGCUCUGUUAACAUCUGGUUCCUGGCUAUUCAGUGCACUUGGAACUGUUAUACUUGCCACAUAGGGAUAGUGUAUGUCUUGAUUCGGUAUGUCCUAUCGCUUUACCCCUCCCCUCGACAUGAAUCAUGUUGUAAGUUUGAUGAAACACAUAUCUCUGACCGAUGCUGUCCGUUGUCUGAU